GAAGCGGAACAGGCAGACGAGCGAAAGGAGGGACAAAGAACGACGCGCACAUUUGCGGCUCCUAACGCGACACUUUUGGUAACUUUUUUUUGUUAUUUUGUUUGUUUAAAAGAAGAAUAUGCGCGGCGUUUCGGCGUGUGUGUACGCGGCCGGUCCGUGAACGCAUCGUGGAGGUGAGCGGCACGUCGAGGGGGAGCGUUCAGGAGCGUGUUGUGACGGUGGGAAAUUCGUGUCGACGCGCCCACGCGUCCCCUUGAGACAACUUCUCGAAGACUUUGUAUUUUUUUCCCACUUUUUAAGCGUGUGAGAGCCGAUCAUGUGCUGCUGCUGCUGCUGCUGGAAGGGUAAGCGCUCCCCCCAAGCAUGAGAUGCUGCUGCCGGGCCCUGGCACUUCUCCCCUGGGUGCUGGUGGCCUUGGACGCUCAGCUCAUCUGCUGGCAGGCGCUCCUGCGCUGCCACGACGAGCCCGAGUGCGACCUCGCCUACAGCCAGUACUUCGCUGCCUGUGAGGGCAACAUCCGUGGCACCAGGCGCCAAUGCCCCAGCCACUGCAUCAACGCCCUCAUCCGCCUCAACCACACCCGCAGUGGGCCCGACCUGGAGAGCUGCGAGUGCGCCCAGGACCCGGAGUGCCUGGGCGCCAAGCGGGCCAUCGAGCCGUGCCUCCCGCGCAGGCACCCCACGGACGCCGGCGGCAUCGGCUGCAUGGAGGCCCGCCAGCGCUGCGAGGAGGACAGCCACUGCCACACCUCCCUGGCCGCCUACCUGGCCUACUGCGGGCAGCUCUUCAACGGGCGCAAGUGCUCGUCCAAGUGCAAGGCCACCAUCCAGCAGAUGCUCUACAUCCCCAACGGGGCGCUGCUCAACCGCUGCGUGUGCGACGGCGUGGAGAGGCCCUUCUGCGAGGUGGUCAAGGAGAACAUGAGCAAGCUCUGCGCCAUGGGGGACCAUCACGGGGUCAUCUCGGACCAGCCGGAGGUGGACGAGGUGUACGAGGAUGAGGAUUACGACCCCAGGCAGGACAGGGAGGAAGACUCCAGCGACCAUUCCGAGGCCGCUCAAAGGUUGUCCGGCUUUGGGACGCUCCUGGUCGUCUCUUUGGGAUUUAUGUGGCUCUGAGACGGAUGGACUAAGCUU